GGCGUACCUCUUCACUCGACAAUGCCCACACAGUACUCCCCGCGAGCGCAGACGCAAGCGAAGAAGUCCACUAACGCUCCUAUGCAAACGAAAAAGCCCACUAUCGCUAUGGAGCCAUUCAAUCACGAACAUGCAGACAUCGUUUUACGCACCAGCGACGACGUCCACUUUCUCGUACACAAGCAAAUCCUGAUGACAUGGUCUCCAUUCUGGCAGGGGCAGUUCCUCGCCAUGGAGCAAGAGGAGACACAGAGUAGGCUCCAAUACGACCAGAUGAGGCGACUCAUUGUCCCGGUGAGCGAGGACAGCAGGACGCUGGAUUCGCUCCUGCGCCACGUCUACCCCGUCCACAACGCGCCAACUCUCCGGGGCUUCCAGGACACAUUCGCCCUCCUAGAAGCCGCGCGUAAAUACGAGAUAAUCGCUGCCGUCAAGGCCUCGAAGAAGGUCAUCGCAGAGCUUGCCGAACAAUAUCCGCUCCGUGUGUAUGCCCUGGCAGCGAAGAAGCAAUGGGAGCAUGAGAUGCGGACGGCGGCGAUAGCAGCGUUGGGGCACCCCAUCAACGAGAUGUACGUUGAAGAGCUGGAGAGUAUUCCUGCCGGCGUGUAUUACCGGCUCUUGGCGUACUAUCGUGCCUGCGUGAAAGCUGUCGCUGACCGAAUGGCGGACCUCAGCUGGAUAGAGCCGCUCGCCGCCGGGCAAGGUUGGCAGCCAGGGAUGUUCAGGUGCCGUAAGGAGACGUGCGGCGGGGCAUGGUUUUCGGGCUACCUCUCCGUAGCACGCCAGGCCUUGCGUGCACGGCCGAGGGCCAAGACACUGGAAAACCCUGAGCUAAUCAACGCCGCCUUGAGUGGAGCGAUAGUGUGCGAGGCGUGCAGAACGACGGCGUUCUCCGACGUGCACACCUUCAAUGCUCUCCUAGCUGGCGAAGUGGGUCGUGUGCUGGAAGAGAUUGAGCUCAAGAUCAAGUAGCCGCCCUCUUGAUAUGUCGUGAGUAGCGGGUUCCGAAUUAGUGAACGCGAUUCAGUUACACCGUAUCGUUCAAGUCUGUUGUACUUCUAUCGUCUGAAACGGUUUCUUCAGCAUUGCUAGGUAUGAUUAUCGAGUCACUUACUUCGCGGCCAGCUGUUAUCGAAGUUUACUCUUCAGGUCAACCAUUUUCGAACAUCUGUAAUAUAGGAGCACGAUAAAUAAAUACAGCGAGAUCC